AUGGUUGAGGGUGCUGAUGUUCGCGAAGAAACACCACCAAAGCAGCGAAAAAAUGAGCAAUUGCCUAAAAUGGAGGCAGUGACGAACAUGUACGACAUGACGCGGCGCGUGACUAUGCACGAUGCUGGGGGCGAUCUAAAGGCAAAACUGGACCAAAUUGAAGCCGACGACGAAGAAGUGAAGGCUCCCAGCAGCAAAACUAUCGAGAAGUUGCCAGACAAAGUACUCCAGCAAAUAUUCUCCUACCUUUCGCCUUACCAGAUUCUACAGUCAGGCCAGGUUUGUAAAAGAUGGCGAGCAGUAGCAUGUAGUCCUAUGUUGUGGAAGUUUGUCUCCUUCAGACCUAACUAUGGAGGCAUACAGGUGACGAACCACGAAUAUUUUUUACAUCUGAUCGGAACACAAUUCUCCGAACUUCGAAUCGUUGAGCUCACUACUGACUUAAUAACCCCGAAUGUCCUAUAUGAAAUGGCCAACAAAUGUCCACGACUUCAACAUCUUACGCUUGACUUCUCAACAGCAAUGCAACUGCACGACUUCACCGACUUACAGUCAUUCCCCUCCCGUCUACGCAGCCUGACCCUAUGCCUUUCAGAAAACAUUUUUCUGGAAGGAUUUCUGAGGAAGGUUUACACAUUCAUCUCAUCAGUCGAACUCCUUCAUAUAAUUGGCACCUAUGAGAAGGUCGAAGAUGAAGAGGAGGAGGUCUACGAGACAGUCAACGUCUUCAAACUAAAACAGUUCCUGCCGAAUCUCCGCGUCGUCAACCUGUGGGGUGUGCCUUUCAUCACGGAUGAGCAUGUCGAUGCGAUAUCAUCCAACUGUGCCCACUUAGAGUGUCUAUGCGUUAAUUACUGUACAAAGGUGACCGGCUCCUGCCUGAAGCUUGUACUGCAACGAUGUCGCAAACUGAAAAGCCUUUUUUUGGCUCAUACGACUCUCGACAACACGACGAUUAAAGCCAUCGAAUGGGAGAAAACAAGAAUUGAAGAGCUUGAUGUGAAGGGGACAGAACUCUUAUCGGACACUCUUAUUUCGCUGCUUACACGACUUCCCUACCUACGCUGGUUGGAUGCGAGUUGGUUGGAGAACAUGACGGAUCAGGUUCUGGAGGCGUGGCUGCAGUCAGGAGCACUAGCAAACCUCCAGUAUAUCAACUUGGAUACUUGCGACUCUUUGAAUGAAGGAUCACUGACGGAGAUGAUCGUUCGUCACGGACCACAAUUGCAUGGCCUGUGCUUAGGCGGUCAACACAAAUUACUCGAGUACUUCUGGAUGAAUAUGAUACCGCAACUUAAAAAUAUAAGAGUGAUAGUAAUGGGCAUUGCUGAAGACUGUUGUGCGAAGGUGGCUGCAAAAAUACACGUCGAUCAAUUUAUUGAUUGCCUUGCUCAAAAUUGUCCUCGACUAACUCGGCUAGAAAUCCGUUGGGAUGACGAUACGCUUAGAUUUUCUGACAAAUCGAGCAAGUUCAUCGAUGUUCUACGAAUGAAAUGUCUUAUGCUUCAUUCGAUAGUGCUCAGUGAUGGACAGUACUAUGAACUCGUCCGAUCAAAUUUUGAAAGAGCUGAUCGCAUGAGUGUUGUCAGGACCACCGAGAUGUGUCGUACUGGUCUUUUACAUUGCUCUCGGUUUUACAACCAAUUAUUAUUCAAUUAG